AUGAAUGCUCUUUAUUUUUUAUUUUUUCUCAGUGAACUCACAAGACUCUUUGACAAGUCACGUCUGUCAGGCUCCGUCGUUUUAACAAUCAAAAGAUUCAAUGGACACAAUAGGCCGGUGCCCAGGGAAGGAAAACAACCUCUACCUAAACCUUAUGAGUUCCUCUGUCUCGUCAGGGCGACGUUACGUUCCAAAAAAAUUUCUACUGUUAUACAUUCCAAGGAUGUAAACAAAUUCCAGCAAGCGUAUUGGAAUCUCCUGAAAUCCAACAUAAACGGACUAAAAAAAUUGAAAAAAAUCAAGUCAGCAAAACCGAAAGCCACUUGAGUCUAUAUAUUUAUUUUCUAAGUAAUUAAAAAAUUAUAUCAUCUAUGAAAUUUGUAUAAUUUCCCACAAAUCAUCGAGCGAAUACUCACGUGAAUUUUUCAGUACGUAAGAAUGCGCAAGAUCUAUUGAAAAUCUCAGAAUUUAUUCAAUUGCCUCAGUAACCCGAGAAUAAAAAACAAAUAUUUCAAUUUUA